AUGCGAAGAGAUCGAAGAAGAUUAAGAGGAGGCAAUAAACGAGUGGAAAACAUGCCAAUUAAAGAUAAAAAUGGAGCCCUGCUCGUCAACUCUACUGAUCGACUACAACGGUGGAGAGAAUAUUUUGCUGAACUUCUCAACGUACCAUCAGCAGUAGACCAGGUCCUUACUGAUAGCAUCCCUGAGUCCCAGCUAACUCGAAGUGAAGAAAAAAGACAGAGUGCUGUCCCAACAAUACAAGAAGUGGAAACGGCACUAAAACAAAUGAAGUCACGAAAAGCACCUGGAGACGAUGGAGUUACUGCGGAUCUUUUAAAGGCUGGAGGUGCACCUGUUGUAAGAUGGCUUUAUGAAAUCUUCACAGAUGUCUGGAAAAAUGAAGAAAUGGUUGAGGAGUGGACGUUAGCUAUUUUAAUUCGACUCUACAAAAACAAAGGCGAGAAACAAGUUUGUGACAACUAUAGAGGCAUAUCGUUGCUAAACGUAAUUGGUAAGAUCUUUUCUCGUGUUAUCUUGAACCGUAUUCAGAAUGUGAUUGAUAGUCAGUUAUUAGAGGCACAAUCUGGUUUCCGAUCACAUCGACGAUUGACCAAAUUUUUAUUUUGAAGAUGACGAUGGAAAAACGGAGAGAAUACAACAAGCCUCUGUUUAUGUGUUUCAUUGAUAUAACGAAGGCGUAUGAUUCUGUUAAUCGUGGUCUACUCUGGAAAGUGUGCCGAAGUUAUGGUGUAUCACAAAAACUCGUUAACUUGUUAAAGUUGCUCUACCAGAACUCAAGGGCAAAAGUACGGAUAGAUGGAGAAUUGUCGGACGAGUUUGCAAUAGACUCUGGUGUCUUGCAGGGGGGUAUACCGUCUCCAACUUUGUUUAAUGUGCUGUUCGAUUUUAUAAUCCGACGGGUGGAGGAAGAGGCAGGCAUUGAAGGUGUAAAGUUCUCCCAUGGAAGCAAUGAUUUCUUUCAUGGGGAUAAGGAGAAGUACGUGGACUUCUACAUAUUGAUCUUGUUGUAUGCGGAUGAUCUGGUUGUCAUGUGUGAAAACGCCAAUGAUCUGGAGAAGUUUAUUAGGACGUUUGAUAAGGUGACUCAAGAAUUUGGACUAACAAUGAGUGUCAAGAAGACCUGCAUUAUGACACUGCAAAAAUUCCAGGAAGAUCAAACUCGAAUGGUGUUGAGAAACCAAGAAGUGAUUUUUCCUGAUAUAGUUCUCAACAUCCGAAACCAGAAUAUUGAAACCGUUGACUCAUUUGUAUAUCUGGGAUAUAACCUAACUAGAGAUCAAAAGCCGGAUAGAGAGACUCAGAAACUUUUCUGAGUACACAGAUUUAUAGAGCAAACUUUUCUGAUCAAAACACGACCUCGCACAGCUCUUUGUGACCUAGCAUCAGUUACAAGCAUUUUCCUAGAAGUCCUAAAAUUGAGUAUUUCAU